AUGGCCAUACCUAGCAUCUUCUUCAUCUCCUUUCUCUUGCUUCCAGUUCAUCUGGCUUCUGGAAAAGUGACAGUUAAUUCAACACUCUCCACUAAUGAUCAUAAUUCUUCGUGGUUCUCAUCUUCCGGUGAAUUCGCUUUUGGAUUUCGCCCAAUUAACAACAACACAAGCCUCCUCUUGCUUGCGAUCUGGUUGGCUAAAAUUCCUGACGAAACCAUCAUCUGGAAUGCAGACAUCUCAAAUCCAUUAUCGUCAGGAUCGCAAGUUCAGCUCACGCCGAAGGGUCUUUCUCUCACAAACCCUCAAGGUCAAGUUAUAUGGACUGCUGAGCAGCAGGACAACGUGUUCUAUGGAGAAAUGCUGGACACUGGAAAUUUUGUCCUGGCAUCCUCUGAUUCUUCUUAUUUGUGGCAAAGUUUCAACUAUCCCACUGACACGCUGUUACCAACACAAACUUUGGAUCUAACCAGUAAGUUGUCCUCCCGAUUGACACAAAGCAACUACACAAAGGGCAGGUUUGAGCUGUACUUCGAUAACGGUAAUCUCUAUCUCAGUCAGAUCGGGUGGCCGACAGAAUCUCGGUACGCGAAGUACUUUAGUGUCAACACCAAUUCUAAUGUCUCUGCUUCAAAGCUAGUCUUCGAUUCAUCCGGAAAUGUUUAUGUAGAAACAAAGGGUGGAAGUCAAAUAGGCCUUGGAUGGGAUGAUUCAGGUCUUGAUGUUAGUACAUACUAUUACAGGGCUACACUUGAUUAUUAUGGUGUUUUUACGUUUUAUUCUCAUCCAAGGGCAUCAAGAAGCCAUCAAGUUUGGUCAAUCGUGAGGUUUGUUCCCAGCAACAUUUGCACUGCAAUCUUAAGUGAUCUGGGUAGCGGCUGUUGUGGCUACAAUAGCUACUGUGUUUGGAACAAGACAAGGCCAACUUGUAUGUGUCCAGAAGGGUAUUCCUUGGUAAAUCCGGAUGAUGAAUUCGGAGGAUGUAAACCUAAUAUCUCACUGGGUUGUGGAUCUGAUGAUGCGCGAUCAAGGGAAAAUCCAGAAGAUGUAUAUGAUAUGAAGCCGUUGCAAAGUGUGAACUGGCCUCUGGGAGAUUAUGAGAGGUUGAUAAAUUAUUCGGAGGAUGAAUGUAGAGAAUCUUGCUUGCACGAUUGUAACUGUGCAGUUGUUAUUUAUAACACUGCAAGGGACUGUUGGAAGAAAAGACUGCCUCUUUCUAAUGGAAGACUUUCUGCAACUGAUGAGGGUGGAACGACCGCACUCUUGAAAGUGAGAACUCGACCACGGGAUUAUUAA